AUGCAUAUGGCUUCCGAUUCUAACAUUAGUUUAAGUUUUACUAACCUCCCCAUCCCGCGACUGUGCGAGAGGGGUUGUGACGAGCGGGAGAAAAUGAAAGUUCGAAAAAUUACAGUUUUGACAGCUGAUGUUGAAGAUGUCUCUUUCAUUGCUGAAAGCUUACGAUGUCUGCCUGACGUGGCCUCUCUCUCCUUUCUCCGACAUGAGUUUCUCGCUGGUAAUAAGCUCUUCCUGCCAAUCCUUAAGGCGUGCAUGCUUCAUGAGCGUCUGCUAUCUGCGCUGGAUCGCCGUGAGCAACAGUACCAUACCCCCAAUCUGUGCACGGGCUGUAUCCGAUCUGGCCUGUGCUAUGGAUGUGACAAGGCUGCCAUGCCACAUUAUCACAUGGACAAGGUUGCGAAGACUGGAGGAGGGUUCACCUACUAUAAGCGUGAUCGGCCUGGCAACUUGAUGGAGGGAAAGGAUCCCCGAAAUUGGAGUUCCAGGUUUCGAAGGGAAUUCCAAGAACUCGCCAAACAAAUGGCUUCACUGGGCUCCCCUGCAGAAGUUGAUGAGAAUGGCACGAAUGACAAGAGGCCGCUGUCACUCAUCCCAGACUUCAGUCGUCAGCCUGCCCUCCCAGACAUUUCUGAUCUUGGAUUGGGCACAGAUGAAGACGCGGACACGGCUGGCUUGCAGUCAGGGGACGAAGACAAGGAAGCGAAUGUGGGGGAAGUGAGCAUGGCAGAUCUGAUAAAACCACACGGAGUUCUCAAGUAUACCGAAGCUCCCUCUACUACCCGAGACAGCGGCAUGGACGACAGUUCCGUAUGCGCUAAGCUUUCAGAGGUCGCUGACCUACAGGAUGUGAUUCCUCAAGGGUUUGGGCCAGAGGUGUUCAGCUUCCAAGGCUGGGUCACUGAGGGUGAAGAGUUCCCAAAGGGAGAUUACCAGAAUGAUGAGAAAAAUGUGGGAAAACUGCCGUUGUAUCUGCAACGGAGGCUCCACACAAAUUCCCCUGGUGGUGAAGAGUUAGCGGGGUUGGAUGGCACUUCACUGACGGUAAGCCAGCCUUUCGACGUCCACAAUUUCGACAUCCACAAUUUCGACAUCCACAAUUUCGACGAACAAGCCAGAAAUGAAGUUGAGCGUAGUGACUCAGAACAGUGCAGUGACGGAAAAGAUAGAGGACUCCGGACUCGAGACAGACAACGGCUCUACAAAGGACCUGGAGAAAAUGCACCUCCUGCAUUCAAACUAAAAUCCCGGGAGAAGAAGGAGAUUGUGUCUCGCAGUCCAUUCAGCACGGACAGACAGCUUGAUGUACCAACCGGAGAAGGAUUUAUGGUCAAAAAGAGCAACAAAAAACUGACGGAGUUCACUGAGUUUAACCGAUCAGGACAGAACUGGAAGGAGCCAAAGAAGUUUGAGUUACAAGAAAACGUGAGAAAAACAACAGAAUUUUGGUCUCCACCUUCAAAGGGAGAGAAACGCAAAACUCGUAGGAGAUUGCCAAAUAAGCCUAAGCCAGCAAGUCCCGUUGUUCCAGACAAUUCUGUUGUAUCCCCCGACUCUGGGCUUGAAAGUGAAAAGUUUCAAGUUGAGAUUCCACAGCGAUUGUUGGAUUCCCUGAGUCACCAUGGGUACAGCAUUCCAGACGAUCGGUUACCGAAGAAGGACACGAAAGAAACAGGCCGUUUUUGGAAUUCCUAUUUCAGCAACAGCGACGAAGGUUCACCGAUUCAGAUACCACAGCGAUUGUUGGAUUCUUUGGAUCAACAUGUCUACAGCAUUUCUGGUGAUUUGCUAUCGAAGGAUUAUAUGAAAGAAACAGGCCGUUUUUGGAAUUCCUAUUUUAGCAACAUUGACGAAGGAUUGUCACCAGUUCAGAUUCAACAGCGAUUGUUACAUUCCUGGGAUCAGCAUGGGGACAGCAUUCCAGAUGAAUGUCUACCCAAGGCCAUGAAAGAAAGUAGACAUUCUUUGAACUCUUAUUUCAACGAUGAAGGAUCAUUAUCUUCGAUUGCAACUGACAUGGAGUCAGAUGUCUUUGAAACACCUCUUGGGUCAUCAAAAACAUCUGAAAAUUCUCAAAGAAGCUUGGACUCCCUGAAUUCUAUUGGGACACCCCCAGAUCAUGAUUCCCCAGGAUUACCUCUGACCUCUCCUGACUUUGACCUCUCAUUGGCUGAUAUUGGAGAGGAAGUAUUACCUCUGACCUAUGUGGACCCCAUUCAGGUCAUUGACAGUUCAAAGAUGAGAAAGUUGAGGAAGAAGCGGAGGAAGCGUUCAAAACGGUUAGCUUCUGAUGAGCAGAUGGAACAGGUGGACGUGGAUGAUAUUGAAGUUAAAGUUGAAAAUGCUGAAGGUGAUGAACAAAAAGCUGAACAAACUGAGUUGAACAUGGACUUCGAAGCUUCCAAAAGAUACAUGUUGAAAGUGGGUGAGCCGUUGUCCGAGCACGAAAGUCCUGAGGAAGACACCAGUAUGUUGAUGGUGCAGAGCGCUGAAAAUGAUGGAGAUCAAACAAACGUUGUUGUUAUUCCAACUGACUCGCCACUUGCUUCUGCAGACUCUCUGGAAACACCACACACUAUCUCAAGGCAAAACAGCCACGAAUCUGAAACGAGGACCAAUUCUACAUCCGUGUAUGAUGCUUUCUCUAGAACAAACUCCACUGUGUCGGGUGGACGGGGGCGAAUAUCAAGACUAAAAUCUACAGGAAACAUGUCCACUGUCAGCUCUGGAAAUCGCACGUCAGUUAGUUCUUGUCAGGAAAAGCGCAAACCAGUCAUAAGAUCCCCUGAGAAAAUCUUCACAGGCCUAGAUGAUGAACUUCUACGAAAGCUUCCCAGUAUCAAAGUACAGCUAGAGAAAUUAGGUGUCGACCUUGACGCAUGGAAGGAGGGUCGCAGGUCUAAAAACUCAGACGUUGAGACGGCGUUGCUGGAUAACUCCGAGAAGGGGACAGAUUUUUUGUCCGUUGUGUCAAAAUGUCCUGUUCAUUCAAGGCCCUCAUCAUCCUCUUCAAACAGAGCAAGAAGCCCACGUUUGUCAGCGCGGAAGAUGGAAGAGCAGGAUGCAGGAACGAAGUCGGCCAAUAAUCUGCCAUCGAUACAGCAGGAAGCGAUUUCGGGAGAACACUGCGCCUCAAAGCUCUCCAAAGUCCCAUUGAAAGAGGACACCUCAAAGGAUACCUGUGGGACAGAGAUAGAGACAAUCAAAGAUUCCUCAACAGAUGAUACGCCCCCUCCUGAACCCCCUGCCUCAGCCAAACCCAAAAGACCGGUGCUUAAGAGGCAGAAGAAAGGGGUGGUUCGUAAAGUUGUGAAGCCACCAUCUCCUAAACUGCCAGAGAUUAAGCCCCCUCCAAGUGUGAAACCACUGAGCGAUGACUCUGUCAAAUCUCUGACCCCACCCUCAUCACAGUCAGACCUUAGUCCUCUACCCCCCAUAGAGCCCCCGGAGCUACCAGACUUCAUAUUUCCAGAAUCUAAACCAAAACCACAAAGAAUAAAAACUAUGAUUGCUACUCCAUCUCCUGUUGUGACUAAGGAAGUGAAGAAAACCAGGAAACCCCCACCAAAAGUCAGGAAACAAGUGAAGAUUAAGCAUGCGAAGCGUUCAGUUGCCGAGGCCCCGGUUACUAGGGAGGAGUUACAGCAGGCAACUGAUCCCCUGGACUUCCUCGCUAAAUACUGUAUUAUACAUAAAGAUCGGUUGCCGCUAUACCAGCGAGUUUUCCAGAAAGCAGUGUCUCAGCAGUCGCCAAAGUACCAAAGGGAAAUAACUCCGCCAGUAUCAAGUCGAGACACGCCCAGGGAUAAUUCAGCUGUUUCCACAGCAAUGAAUGAUGGAGGACUGCCAAAUGGCAUUGUGGGUAAUGGCGGAGAACAGCCGCAGUAUGUGCCGCAGUUGUCUCCCCAUGAAAUGAAAAUGCUUCAUGAUUUGACAGUGAUUAACCGAGCCCCCAGUGUCAUGACGACGGGUGUGAGUCCAGCUGAGGAAUAUUUGGACAAAUUAAAGUUUUCAUUUGAGCUUCUUCACGAUAAACAGAUUAAGUUGAAGAACCAGCUGAAGGAGCUAGAUGCCAGAAGACUGAAUAUCAUCGCAACCAAAGCAAAGGAAAUGUUUCCCGAUAUGUUGUCGUCAAACGGUGAGAAAAAGACGAAGAAAAAGAGCGCCAAGAAAAGUGGAAAGAAGAGCUCUCAGUCUAGGCAGUCCAAGGAGGUGCUAUUCAGUCAGGCGAGCUCCCCUGUGGAAGAAAAUGCACCCGAAACCCCAACCCCUCCCAUGGUAGACCCCAACAGUGACGUAGGCAUUCUACAGAGGCUCAGUAACAAGGCUUUUGAUGCGGUGUGUGCGACAUCAGAAGUGGUGAGAGUGGAGGUAGAGAUUGAACGCGGGGAGGAAAAGCUACAGAAUGUGAUGGUUAGGCUAGAAGAACUACAAGCUGAGACGAGUAUAGUAAAGCUGUACUGUAUGGAGUAUUUCUUCCAGUCGGAGAUGCAGAUGACGAAACCUAAGGACUUCUUGAGACAGCAGAGUGGUCUUUACAAUUCCCUCCACCCCACACCUGACACUGAGAUUAACAUGAGCGAGGUGGGACCUGCAUUACAGAUGAUCAACAAUAACCUGCUGACCAACAAGGAAAUGGAGUACCUCUUCCACAUCUUGAACUUACCUGGACGCACACGGAUAAACUUCCACCUGUUCUCCGUACUUGCAGCUCUGUCAGAAAGAGUAGCCCAGCUAGAUCCUCUCGUUAAGAAACUUAUCAACAAACUAAACUAUGAGGCCCUUGAUAUUAAAAUGGAAAAGUGCAAGGAGUUGUUUGCCCUGCUACAUGAUGGAGAAUACCUCCCCGGGGGUAGGGCGUCGGCCAGCACCCUGGCGGUGGAGCUCACAGCAGGGGGGCUGACCCCAGAACAUACGGCUUACGUUUUGAGCAAGUUCGAUCGUGAUGGUUCUGGUGUCAUAGACUUCAUGGAUUUUGUCACCUAUGUACCGCUCUUCAUCGAAAUUCACCAGAGAAUUGUGGAUGACCCUUUACGUCUUGACCUUGACCUUUGAUGAAUGACUUUGGCUUCUGAAGAUAUGGCCUUGACCUUUACCUUUAUGCUUGACCUUGAGCUGUGAUGACUAGCCUUGGUCUUUGAUGGUAUUGCUUUGAUUUUAAAUGUUAAGAGUUGACUUUUGAUGAAUGGCCUUGGCAUCUAAAGAUAUAACUUUUAGUCUCACUUUUAAAGUUGACUGUGAGCUGUGAUUUGCAAUCUGAAAUGUCCAAGGUGAUUAAUUUUUCUCCUGCAUGUUAAGUCAUAGAAUCUUUGUAUCUGUGUGGCAAAAGAGGACUGCUGUUGGUCAGAUAGCUCAUGGCCUGUGUUGUUUGAUAUCCCAAGCAAUGUACCGGUCAGCCCACUACCGGGAUAUAUACUGCAGCUGUGGGUGUCAUGUCUAGCACCAUUGGCAUGGUGUUCUAGUGAGGCGGCGCCAUAAUGAUGUUAACUGUUGUUUGAGACAUGACUUAUUUGUCUCAGAGAAUUAAGCUGAAAUGAUGUUGAAAUCAAAGUUAAACCUCAAAAGUCAAGGUAAUAAUCAUUUUGUAAACUUUGGUUUAUGU